AUGCUUUCCAUUGCUGAAGAGCCAGAUGAGGCGUUCAAGAGUCCGAUGGCCGAGGAGACUCCUCUGAAUCCCUUCGAAGAUGACGAGCCUGAUGAGCCUUUUGAGCAUUUGUCUGGACGCAGAGCCACCGCAGUGUCCUUUGCGCCACCGACCAGGGCUCGAGUCAAUUCGAGGAACCCAUUCGGCGAGGAUGCAUGGGAAGAAGCUAGUCUUGGUUCCGAGGACCUACCCGCAGGGCACAUGGAUUCAGGAGGUGGCUGCUCUUUUGGCAGAGCAAGCGGGGGAAUCCUGCCGUUGCCUGAGAUGUCCGAGGAAUCCAGCUCCGAGUCGAAGGCGGCUGAACGCCGUGCCGCAGUGAAUGCUAUUUCUGAUGAGAAAGCAGCUGCAGCGGUAGAGGAGGCCGAGGAGGCCAAAGCAGAGGUGCAGCGCCUGCGCAGAGCGUUGAUCUCGGAAGAGCAGGCAUGUGCUGAAGCUAGAGCUGACAGAGCUGAGCUGGAGGUGGCCGCCUCUGGAAGUGAUGCUUCUGACAGUGCCAGGUUGCGGCUGCUGCUGUCGGAGGAGAAGGCCAAGAGCCGGGCCUUGGGCGAAAAGGCGCUCCGCUCGGAGCGGCAUCGGCAGAAGCUGCUGGAGGAGAUGGUCCAGGAUGGACAAGUUGAUGUUGAACUUGUGUCCCUUGCAAAGGCUGUGGGACGCACGGUGAAGGCCAUUUCCGCAAUCUCCCAAGAGGCCUCAGCCGGCCGUGGCGGUCAGAAGCAAACCGCUGAGGCGGCGUUGGCCGGGCUAUGUGCGGAGCUGCGAAGCGGCCAGGUAAACCUACUGAACGAGUAUGUGCAAAUGUCGCCGCAGUGUGCCGAGCUGUUCACCCUCUGGGAGAACCAGGAGUCUGGAGACGGCAAUCGCUUGGUGACGCUGGUCAUCGAAACUUUAGCCUGUGUCCUCGAGGGCAAAUUUGAUGAAGGUGCACGGACGGCGAAGACGCGCCACGGUGUGGCGGCAAAAGUGCUUUCUGAGCACUUGCAGCUACUCUACCGCUACCUUGGCACAGAGCGUGAUCAGCUGCUGAAAGUUUGCCUCAGGCUCUUGGCUGGAGUGAGUUCAACGAGUCAGGCUCUGUCAGCUCAACUGCUUCGGAGCUUCAACUUCGGCUUCGAUGGCUUCGGGCGGCUUUCGGGGAGACGGUAUCACGUCUCCAAGAAAGACAAGGGCCGGGCAGAUGUUGGCAAAGUGGACGUCAGGAGCUAUUUUUCCUCCUUCGCAAUGAGUUUCUUACGCUGGAAAGAUCCAGCGAUGACCUCGUCAGCUUUGGGCAUUAAAGACCUCGUUGGAGGUGUGCUCCGGGGCUUAUCACAGGAUCCACCAGAGCAAGCUCUUGGAGUUGUGCGUGAUAUCUUGGAGUUGGUGGUCCGGUUGAGACAGCUACCCAGGCAGGCCAAGGUCUUCUUCUUCAAUGCUUUUGCAUUGCGAAACCUUUGCUCUUUGCUUGGCUCCGAGCACAAGGAGGUCUCUGCCAGUGCCAGCGAACUUCUGAAAGAGGUUUGCUGCAGCACACAGUUGUUCCCUCCACACAAGGAAGAGCUCCUCUUGGACAUUUGCCUGGAACUUCGCCCUCAUGAACCGCAGCAGGACUUGGUGAUCGCAGUUCUUCGCAGUCACCCAGCCCUACAUUUGCAGUUCUGCUCCAGGUUGAAGCUGCCUCUUCAACCACGCUUCUCGAGGGGGUGGCUUUUGAAUGUCCGCUUUCUUCGGACCUUGCUGGAGAUGGACGUCUCCUCCGUGCGUUCGGAGGCACUGACUUUAAUUGGCAGCGAAAAGACAGAGGCGAUUCAAGAACUGCGAUUGUCCUGGAUUCAAGAAGCCUUAGUGCCAAAAGCGAUGCAGAAAACCUUGAUCACACAGGCUCUGCUGCAGAAGAAUGCAGUAGUUCAGCUAGGAGCUUUGCAGCUUCUUAUUGCAGCUUUGGACCGCCUGCAGCGGGCCUUCAGCUUUAGUGGUUGGGAAACAGCUGAGAGGGAGGAGCUGCUGCAGCGAACGCAGCAACAGUUGCCAGAGCUGAAUACCUUCCUGUUGCUUUGGCAGCGCCUCAGUAAGGAGGAGGCAUCCUUUGACCUGAAGCAGCAAGGGUCGACGUCGAAACGGGCACAGCCUCUGCCGGAAGGCGAAGACGGUUUAGAGGCAGAAGCGCCUCAGGAAGAGAAUGGUGAGGGUGAAGCCUUGCAGGUCACCCCAGAAGAGGUGGCCAAGUGGCUUGGGCUCAAGGGUGUAGACCUCCCACCUCAUUUGGUCUUCACCUCCUGGUGCAAGAGUGUGCAGAGGUAUCUUGAGGUUCUUCCGCAAAGUGCUCUUGAUAUCAAGUUUGACUGGUCAAAGCUCUUGUCAGCCGUAGCCGCACCGAUCCUGGACUCAAAAGGUGCGCCAUGCUUUGAACGUGCAUUGGCAUGCGUCUCCUGUGUGGCUCCGGCCAUGCGUGCUCGCGCAGAAUCUAUGCAGCUGUCCAAAUCACAGCGAUCCUGGUUGGAGACCUUGCUGCGACUGCGCUCUGCCGAUGUUUGCACCGAGCUCCGUCAAGAGUGCACUGAGCAAACGGUGGAGUUUCUUUUGGGCCGGGGUUUGCUGGGUUCCGACGAGAAGUUGGAGAUCAAGCUCCUUUUGACAGCCCUGGAGAAGCGGCCCCAGUGUGUGGGCUUCCUUGGCCAGGUGCUGCAAGCACUCUUUGCCCGACCUGGGUACUUCAUGUCUUUGGUGGAGGCACCCUCCCUGCUGCCGGUCGCAUUGCUGCAGCACCUCACAAGACGAGACCCACAGAGCCUGGCCUUGCCCGGGAAUGCGCCAGCUGAGCAGCGUUUGAAGAUGGCAACAGCAUGUUCCAAGAUGGUGAAGCAGUUCCUGCUGCUGAUGGCGACGUCUUUGCCAGAGACGGCAAAGCCUCUACUGUCUGUGGUUCGUGGGAUUGGAGAAUGGCGUGCGGGGUCUGUGUCCACACCUGAAGAGCAGGCAAAGGAGACGGUGGAAGGUGAAGGACCUCAAAAUGGAAUUGAAGAGAUCCGCCAGCAACUCCUUGAGAAGCUUCAAUCCAAGAAGCGAAAGCGUGACGAAGAUCCUCCCGUUGAGGCAGUGGCUGACAGCGCCCAAGUCGACAUAGCUGAUGAAGUCUUGAACACCAUGGUCUCUUUGCGCUCCAAGGCGGUGGACACUCACAAGCAACGAUUCCUGGAGCUGGAUGCCAAUCAGAGGCUCAGCGUCCUGCAUGGCUUGGUCAAGACCCCAUGCCCAGCUAUACCAAAGGUGAUUUGCUGGGACCGCAUGGCGCUUGUCCGGUUAGCACUCACCACCGAGCUGCUUCAGUUCCGGACACCUGAGUUGGAUUCAGGCUUGACUCUCCCUAUGGUUUCAUUGUUUCAGCAGCUCAGCUGGAUACAUCCGCAGAUUCGGAAAGCUUUGGCACUUCAACUUUCCUGGCUCAGCGGCAAACCUGCAGCAGUGCUGCGUUUGGCAGCGGCUUUGGCGCCGGAGCCGCUAGUGGCACUUGAUGGAGCCCAAACCGUUACUGCGGCCUCUUUGCAACCUUUACCGCCUGAGGACAGCUUGCGAUGCCUGUUUGCAAGCAAUCAUGCUCCAGUUCUGGAGAAGUUGGUUAUAGCAGCCCUGGAAGAAGAGGAGGGAGGGGCGUUCCGCUGCGGUCUGAGGGCUAACGGAGAACUUGCUUUGAUCAUUUUUGAUACUGUAAGCGUCACCAGGCAUUUUCCAAAUGUUUGGGCUCCUCAGGCUCUUGCAGCUUCCGGCUUGAGCUUGACCUAG